UAUGAACUGUCCAGUCAGACUCCUCCCCCUAACCCCCCCUUACUGCUCCCCUUUCUUUCUGGAUUCUUGCAGCAUUCUUCAUUCAAUGACAUCAACCUCUCUCCUCGCCUCUCCUUGUAAGGUCAGGCAGGAGUGGGGGAAUGGAACAGGGCGAGAGAAGGAGGGAGAGAUAAUGGAUCCAAAGAGGCAUGAUUAGCCAGCUGCAAGCAUCCUCAUGAUGACUCAAAGUUUGGAUGAAGCAGAGAGACGACAACCGUGGGGUCCUGCCAGUCUGGAGGGUCUUAGGAUUUCUGACGGCGUAUUCAUGAGGAGGGAUGGAAACAGCUGCCGUGCAUUGUCAGGAGAGAGAGAGAGAGAGAGAGAGCGAGAGGAAGAGGAACCCCCUAUUUUAGCUCAAUAUUACAGCAAUGCAGCGAUAUCCAAAACAAUGGCAGCCGGCCACUCUCGGCAUUGUGCUAUUGAUCCUCUCCCCCUCGUGGCAACCUAAUACACACGCUGCCGCUCAAUCUAAUUGUUGUUUUUCUUUACACACGAGCCAGGCAAAUAUAGUAGUUAAGGAUGCGUCGGCAAAUGAGAGCAACUUGCCGGUGAUAUUGACAACGCUUUAUUUAGUCGUCAACUGCCUCCAGGCAUACUGACUUACUAACCGGAUCUAAGACACUGCACCGGAGAGAGAGAGAGAGAGAGAGAGAGAGAGAGAGAGAGAGAGAGAGAGAGAGAGAGAGAGAGAGAGAGAGAGAGAGAGAGAGAGAGAGAGGGAGAGAGAGAGAGGGAGGGAGGACGGAUGAGUGGCCGGGCAAGCGCAGGAGAGAAAGAGAGAGCACAGGAGGAGGGAAGAGGGGAAAAAAAACAUAGCGAAGAGGAAGAGAGUCGCAGGAGGAAGAGGGAGAAUGCACGGCGUCUGGCUAACUCUUCCAUGCUUGUAUCCAGGGCCUUUGUGAAUACACCAUGGGAUGCAUCGGCUCCAGGAGACUGACAGCAGAUGGCGUGCCAGUCCAGAAGGAUGGCGAGCAGCUUUCUAUGGAGGACACCACGUCCAUCCUGCCGCGCCUCAAGAGGAACUCAAACGCUUACGGCAUCGGCGCUCUGGCUAAGUCUUCUCUGUCAGGUGUGUCAGGCGUGUCGCGCACCAUGAAGGAAAGAGUGACCAAACCCACGGCCAUGGCCCAGGGCCGGGUCGCCCACAUGAUUGAGUGGCAAAACUGGGGCAUGGCCACGGUGGGCGUGGGGGGCAUCCCCCAGUCCCGCAUCACCACCCAGGAGCGGGAAAAGGAGCGACGGCUGGAGAACGACGCCUACAGCGACCUGAGCGACGGCGAGAAGGAGGCCCGCUUUGCUGCAGGCAUCCUACAGCAAUUCGCCAUCUCCGAGGCGACCCUCAUGGCCUGGUCGUCGAUGGAUGGCGAGAGCCCUCGCUCGGGAUCAAACCAGGGCAGCGUGGCGCAUCUGAGCGAGGUCAACCAGGAGAGUAUCACCAGUCGAGACCAGAUCUUGCAUCACUCCUCAGCCGAGGUGUGGCCUCACACUUACGUCUCCCAGGGACACUACUGCCUCUCCUCCUCGGACGCUUGGGAGCCCAUCAACAAUGACCCGUCCGGCGUGGCGUCUCCCCCCGCCGGCUCCUACCUCGUGGGGAGCGAGGGUUACGACGGGCAGACGGCCCCUCACUUCCUGUCGCAGCAGCAGCAACAACAGCAGCAGCAACAGCAGCAGCAGCAAUUUAACCUCCAGCAGCAAAACCAACUGCAGCAGCUGCAGCAGAUCCAACAGAUGCAGCACUACCAGCAGCAGCAGCUCUUGCAGUAUCAGCAACAACAGUCACUGGAACAUCGGCUGCACAGCGCCAACCACUCCUUGCAAGCCACCCCAAACAGCACCAUCCACAGCCUGAUCCACCAAGUGCACCCGCCCCUGGUGGAUCUGUGGAACACGGGCCAGAUGGAAGCCUAUCAGGUGGAGGCUGGAGGCUACAUGGGUACGGCGGCUGCGGUGGAACCGGGCCUCUGCGUUCCUGGCGGAGAGGAGGUGGUGGGGAAUGAACACUCGCCGCUGCUGGAGCAGCAGGAGGAAGAGGAGGAUGUCAAGGAUGGAGAAAUGACACUGUGUAUGGAGCCAGAGUUGUCCACAUUGACUCCGCCCACACAUCCGGGGGACGCCUCGGGCGGCAGCAGUCCGGGACUUCUGCCAGCCUCGCCAGUGAGUGAGCAAAGGGCCUCCGACGCCGCCACGCCGGCCGGUCUCGCUCACACGCUACAGGAAGAAGAGGAGGAGGAGGAAGAGGAGGAGAACGAGAACACCGGGCAGCAGGAAGAGGGGGGAGCCGCUUCCAUGGCAACCAACUGACUUCCUGGCUGUCACAUGAUUCCUCCAUACAAACUGACCGGGAGUCAGCCGUAAUAAUACAAUAUCUAUCUAUUAUCCUGUUGCUUUUCAGGUAUAAAAAAAAAAAAAUAAUCCGGGCAGGAUGAAUUGUUUUGGAAAUUGUGGACUCGUGCUGAUAAGGAUGCAACCUGAUGCAACAAACUUUGUAAGCCUUACAUCCCAAAGGUAAACACAUGUCGAAAGGAUGAGGAGCUACACGGACAUUAUCAUCAGGGAACAGGGGGGAGGGACAAGUGUUGUGUGUGUGUGUGUUGGGGGGGGGGGGGCUGUGCGGCCAAUACAUGCAUGUGACCCCAUCAUCCUAUAACAAAAACAUAUUCCAAGAUUAUAAAAGGAAUAAUUUUAUAAAAAUGCGUGAUGGGCUGAGUGAGAAAAAAAAAAUGUUUCAAUGUAUGAUAUUAACAGAUUUCCAUCAGUGGAGGAGGGGAGAGGAGGAGUGGGGGGCGUCUUUGUUUACAUGUUAGAAUAUUGUGUUCACCUUUCUUACAUAUUAAUGAGUUACGGCAACACCCCCCCACCCCCACCCCGCCAGAUGAUGAACACAAUUUCCAUGACGCCGAUCCCGCUGACACACACCCGAGCGAUAACACUGCACAGAUUAAGGAUUGUACUGUAAAGAUAAGUGUGCUUCCUACUCUGUCUCACUGUAUGCAUGUUCCUGUGGAGUACCUGAACUAUACGACACUGUAUAGACUUUGCACUGAACCAUCGUCGGGGGCGGGACGGAGGAUUGGCGGCGAAUGAUGGAGGGGAGAAAAAAUAAGACAGAACUCUCUCUUUUCUUCAUUUGCACCGAUGCAAUCCAACCCAUCAGAGGUUGCCUUCUGGACUGUCGACGUUGGCCGAGGGCCACUCUUCAAAGCUUUCAGCAACCAAUACCCGGCUGAGCCUCACCUAAUGAAGAUGAUGAUGAUUUGAAUGUACUGGCCUGGAUCAGAAUGCUUUUAGGGAUUUGUGUGUUGAGAUGGAAUUUACUGCUGGCUCAUCCGCAGCACCACAAUGAAAUUUGGUCAGGUCCAGAAGUAUGUGGACCGUGCGGGGUUUUUUUUGGGGGGGGGGGGGGGAUUUCGCAUUUUUUACAUCACCACAAAGAAAUAAAACGAGAUGUCAUUCAAGUGUAGACUUUCAGCUUCCGCUUAAUGUCAUUGUGAUAUUUCAUUGUUCCAAAUCACAAUCUGACUUUCCUGGGCACGACCGAGAGCAGCGGUUUGCACCUUGGACAUGAUUAUCAUUCAGGCAGGCAUUUCUUGAUGGUACAUUUUGAGAACGAUACGCCUCGCUUCCCCAGACCUCUGCUGAUGUUGCGAAAAGCCGCCUGAGAACAGGCAAAGGAACAGAAUAUUCUUCCAUGGCCAAGUUGGAUCUCAAGCUUGUUUUUAUAACUUCCUGAAGACAAAAGUAAAGAUUUGAAUCCCGUCAAAUUGAGAAAGAUUUUUUUUGGACAGUAAUCCUUUGGUGUCAUUCAUCCUCUUCCGUAAAAGCUGAAAGUCUACAGUUCCGUCCUAUCUUAAUUGUUUCAUUACAGCUAUGUACAAAAGCCAAACAUCCUAAAACUGCUUCUGGACCUAAAAAACACAAAUAUCCAAAUUGUAACCAGCAAUAGGCGGACACAAGGCCGGUCAGCCAGUGCCAGCUCCUGUUAUAUAGAUGUAAAUAAUUUAGAUAACACCUUAGACUAGCAAAUUAUUAUUAUUUUCUUUCUUUCACCAUUCCGUCUUAACUUUCGGUUGGGAUUUCACCACAAUUUUGACCCGCAUUCAUCCUUUCUGCGGCGGUUCCAUGAAAAACAAGCUUGUGUCGGUCUAGCUAGCGCCUACGAAGGACGCGCGCUGCCCAAUCAGCCAAUCAGGGAAUAGAGGAGGCGGAGCUAAAGGCGUCUUCCUUGCUCACGUGUUGAUUACUGUGAGGCGGUUCCUUGUGUGCGGACACAUUUGCAUUUCUUUGUAUGAUUUGGAAUCUUGUCUUGUGAGGAACAGAGGGGCGGGCGGCGUUCAAGAAACUUUCUGUCUUUUCUCUGUCGGGGAGAAUCUUCUCCUCAUGUUGUUGAUUGUGUGAGAAACUUUGAAGAUACAGUAUAUAUACUGUAUAUACACACACAUGCAUAUAUAUAUAUAUCGAUAAAACAAAACAGCAAUUUACUGACUUGAAUGAAUUGAUGUAUUGAUGGCUUCUUUAUGCAAUGUGGGAACAACGUUUAUUUUUCUACUCAAAAUCCCUAAAGCUAGAAUAUGUGUCAUGGUUGUAAAGUUGUGCGCGCUAAAAAAAAAAAAAAUGCUGGGUCGAAAGUAACCCGCAUUGGGUGAAGCAGCUAACGCAGCGCUGGGUCCAAAAGGGACAGAGCCGAUGCUGGGUUCUUUAUAGCCGAGGUAUUGGGUUGUUGGCAACCCAUGACUCAAAAAUAACUAACCCAACCUGAGGUAAAAGUAACCGAAUCUGCCCAAAAUCCAAACUGACCCAGCGGUUGAGUUAGCAAAAUGAGCCGGUAUUUUUUUAGUGUGCGCUGAGAAAAAAAUAAGAAGAGUUGGGUUUCGGCAUGGGUUCUGGUAAGAAUGUCUUUACACAAUGGCACAUAUUCUUUUAUUUAUUGAGCUAUUAGGGAGGACUAGCUUGUACAGAAUCAACGGUUCGAUGUGACCCUUGUAUGUUUUGUCGAGGGUCUCAUGAUUAGAUGCUGCGUUCGUUCGAUACGGGCUCACCUCAAAGAGGCAACAUGCUUGGGUGAAGUGUGGGGAGCAGUGAAUUCCUGCUUUUUAUUUUCUUGAUCCAAAUCUCAAUGAAUGAAUAAAUAUGAAGCCACAUUGAUUUGUGUGGACGUAAAGGAUUUAAGGACCAUGUCUCUCUCUCUCCCGCUUAUUUUCUAUUUGUAUUGUGUUGUCAAAGCCGAGAAAAAAAAACACCCCUAGAUUAAAACAACUGAAAACUAGCUCGGAACAUUUUGAACCAAAGAAUAUUAAAGGCAACCAGCAGCAUCAAAAACCGCAAUGACUUUGUGAAAUGACGCUUGUGUAGAAAAAUUGGCACUCACGCGUUCUUGCUUCUGGGCUCCAUUUCGUUAUUGUCUUUAUGCUUUUGUUUGUUUGCCAUCCUCCUCCUCCUCGUCACUCCUGCACGGGCGGACCUCCUCACAUCACUCCGACUCCUUCUCUCGUCUCCUCCUGUGGAGCAAAU